UCAGUUAUCUUGUUUUGCUAGAGUGAACUAAAGAAGAAGAAACCGAGGAUUUCAGUGCCCAGUCCACAGAGCAGGCCCAGUCAUGGCCAACCAGGACAUCAUUGCGAUUGUGAAGAUUGAACGUGAAGAGGAAAUCAACGCCUCCUUGGAGAAAGUCGAUUUUGUAAACGAGACAUCCGCUUCAAUAAAGCAGGAAUACGAUGUGACCUGUGCAAAUCCGGUGACACACAUAUCAAUGAAAGAAGAACAGCGUUGUAAGGAUGAAGUUGCACAGUAUUUUCCGGUAGUCGAAAAGAAGUACAAAUGUGUCCAGUGUGGUUACGCAACACAUUUGAAGAACAGAUUCAAAACUCACGAAUUAACCCACAACACCACCAAAGAUUUUGCGUGUGAUCAGUGUAAUUAUGCCACGCAUACUCAGUUUUGUUUGAGGCGUCAUCUCUCGACAGUACACGAAAAUUCCGAAAUCUUUCGUUGUGAACAGUGCAAUUUUUCAACGAAAUGGAAGAAGAGCUUCAAGAGCCAUUGUCUGACGCACACCACAUUCAGACCGUUCAAAUGUGACCACUGCGAUUAUGCGACGCAUAAUAAGGGCAACCUAAAAAUGCACGGUUUGUCGGCCCACAUAGCUUCCAAAGAUUUUGUUUGCGACGAGUGUAAUUACUCCACACAUAAACACUAUAAUUUCAAGCGUCAUCUUUUAGCGCAUAACAAUUACAAACACUUUCAAUGUGACCGAUGCAAUUUUGCAACCAAAUGGAAGGAGAGCUUUAAGUAUCAUCUUCUUCAGCACACCACCGCUUCCAAAGACUUUAAUUGUGAUCAGUGCAAUUACGCAACAAACUGGAAGAGCAACUUGAAAAACCAUCUUUUAACACACCUCGCUACCAAAAAUUUGAAUUGUGACCAGUGUAAUUACGUCACACGUAACCGAUCUUCUUUAAAAUGUCAUCUUUUAACACACACCACUUCAAACGCCUUUAAAUGUGACCAGUGCGUUUACGCAACGAAUAACAAGUACAGCUUCAAGAUUCAUUCUUUGUGCCAUAGCACUUCCAAAGAUUUCGCUUGCGAUCAGUGUAACUACGCCACGCAUAAUCCAUUUUAUUUAAAGCGUCAUCUUUUCGUAACGCAUAACACUUUCAAACAGUUUCGGUGUGCUCAAUGCAAUUUUGCAACCAAAUGGAAGGUGAGCUUAAAAACUCACUUGUUAACACACGCUAAAAAUAACAAUAAGGCUCAGUUUUUAACUCGCAAACGUUUGGAAAAUUUCAUUUGUGAUCAGUGUAAUUAUACCACAAAUUGGAAGGGGAACUUCAAGAAUCAUCUUUUAACACACGCCACCUCUAAACAAGUUUAGUGUAUUUUAUGGAGACUGUUUUCAAUGUUAUUAUUAAAGAGGAGCAAAAAGAAGAACAAAUCUAAGCAGUCUCCAAGGAGUAGGUAUCUUCGUUUCCAUUGCAUUAUCUAAAGAACACGCAGUGCUUUUAAAGAUUUUAAAUGUGGUCAGUGGGAUUAUGUGACAAGUUAAUACAAGGCACUUAAAGGUGCAUUCAUUGAAGCAUGUGCUUAGCAUAAUGUAAAUUAUUAUUAUAGUUAUUCGUUUUUGUAUGGUGAAGGGAGUUUGCACAGCACACUCUCGGUAUAUUAUAUCUGAAUUAAGUAUGUUUACAUAGUAUCUGAAAUCGAUAGCACAAACAAUCGCUGGGUUGUAGUUGGUAUACUGUACAGGAUCAUUGGUUACGUAAUGGGUACCUAUAUAUACCACAAUGCAUUGCAUCACUGUUCCUAUGGUUUCCUACUUAUUCGGUUGUAUCGAUUGCAGAUACUAUGUAAACAUACUUAACUCAGAUGUAAUAUACCGAUGACAAGCUUGCAAACUUAGGAAAAUCCUACUUUAUAUAAAAUAUACAAUGGUAAACAUUAAAAUCAGU